UUUUGCAAGAUUAAGCCACAAAAGAAUAACUGGGGCAUGCUUCACUAGAAGAACAAAAAACACAAAUAGAUUAGGUGCUCUCACACGUGUUCGAAAACAUAUUUAAGCGCUGCCCUUGGACAACAAGAGACACUUGCAAUUGGUGUUUCCACUCGAAAGCAACUUGCAGUUGAAAUGAAAGUUUUGAUCACGAUCUUGUUUCUGGGCUUGUGCUUCAGUGGUAGCCAAGCGGAGAAGGAGGAGAGCAUCGCUGGUCUCCUGAAGGAUAAUGCCGAAGGCUUGGAGGCGGCCAAUGUGCUCCUGUCCAGGAUCGCAAUAGUCAGCAAGGAGGCCCAGGUUGGCUUGGCGGAGCAAAAGGAAGCCCUGAAAUCCUUGGCCCUCGUGGAAGGGCUUCUGGCUAAACUCGCAUUGGCCCUGGAGGCAAGUUCCCAGAAUCUGGUGGCCACCUUAUUAAACAUCUCCAAGGAGGGCCAAGAGUAUGGUCAUCGCACUGAGGCAGAACUCCUGGCACUGGCCCGCCUUCAAGAGGGCACCAAACAGCUGCUCAAUGUGCUGGAGGCCAAGCUGGAUGCCUACCAGAGGCAUGUGCUCCACAGUUCCCGCAACAUUGACAAGAGCAUCGAUGGACUGGCCAAGCUGAUCACCAGGACGGUGCUGCCCCAAAUUAAUGGGCUUAAAUGCACCUUCGACAACCUGGAGACAUCCCAGAUCAACGUAGAGGUGGAGCUGAAGAAUUUGGCUGGAGUGAAGGAACUCAGCGAGGACUCGAAUCACAAACUGAACGUGCUGGAGCAACAGCUGAAGCAGAUUAAUCAAACGCAGGAGCAGCGCCUGGACAUCCUGAUCGAUGCAGUGAAGCAUUUGCAGCCACUAAAUCCUUGGAAAGUGGACGCUGUCCUGCGUGAACUGAUCAUCUCCCAGAAACGCAUCGAGCUGGAUCUAGAUCAGUGCAGCCGUCACUCGCCCUACCCUCAAUAUGGCCACCAAGAUGAGUCCUAUGCAUCCAGCUAUGGAGUUGAAGCUCUGGAGCCUCAAUAUUCUCAACCCAAGCCCAAGCAGGUGGAUCUGGAGCAAGUGUGGAGCAUCAAAGAACCUCCAAAAGAGGGAGAGUAUUCAGGAAACCACAGAGUAACUGCCUAUGCCCAGUCACCCGAGCCCAAGAAAAACCAUCAGAGCACCAGCGCCGUGUCCUGGCGGGAGUCGCUACCCUGGGACACAGCCCCCACAUACCAGUCCGCUCCAGUUCCCCAUCACCAGCAUUGGAAGCCAGCGCCUGCCUACGGUCCCACGUCGAAGCCUAGACCGAAGCCGUGUCCCAAGGGAGAACACUCUGCUCCGUCAUCCCACGGACCUUUACCGCCGGCCCACCAUAAUCCUGAACCUUACAAGCCUUCUGUAGAAUACCAUCCUAAAUCUAGCCACGAGCAGUCCCCACACAAGUCCGAGCCCAAACCACAAUCAAACCACGAGCAAUCCUACAAGCCACCAUCAUUCCAGGAGCAAUCCUACAAGCCGCAAUCACGCCAGGAGCAAUCCUUUAAGCAACCAGAACCCAUCCAGCAAGGAGAAUCCUACAGGAUUUGGUACGGAGAUGGUUCACUACCCCAAGGAUACUGAAGACACAUCGAGCUAUCACAAAGCAAUUCCCGAAACCGAUAAAUCUUUUAGCAACAAUUUAUAGUACACAUACAUACUUACAUAUAUAGCAAAUUGUAAUCGUCAUUUUUAAAAAAAACAUGUCAUAAAUAAACGAAUAAAUAUUAAUGCAAACUAAA